UUAUCAACUGAGAACUUCAUCUUCCCCGAUAGUUCUCAAUCUUCGGUGACCUAGCUCCCCAAUCCAUCCCCGAAAUGUCUCUCUCGAUUCCUCGCCGUUCACUCUCUUCUCUGGCGUCUCCCCAAGACACCCUUCUCGCAGACAAAGCUCUCACUCUCCUUAAACGCCAUCCUUACCAUCUCAAUUCCGUCUCUUCCUAUUUUACCCCUCAAGCCGCCUCCCAUUUACUCCUCCGUACCCAAUCCAACAAAUCCCUAAUCCUAGAAUUCCUCAAUUGGGCUCAGCCCCUCCCCUUUUUCAAUCUCCAUUGCAAGUGCCUCACCCUACACAUCUUGACCCAUUUCCAGCUAUACAAAACUGCACAGUCCCUAGCAGAAGACGUGGCUGUCAAUUCGGUUGAUGAUACUGGAAGCACUGUAUUUCAAUGCCUAAAAGACACAUACUACAUGUGCAAGUCAAGCUCCUCGGUUUUUGAUUUAGUGGUAAAAUCUUACUCUCAUUUGAACUUUAUUGAUAAGGCUUUGAAUAUCGUUAAUUUAGCUAAAUCUCAUGGCUUUAUGCCUGGUGUUAUAUCGUAUAAUGCAAUCUUGGAAGCGGUGGUUAGGUGUAAAAAGCCGGUUAAGUUUGCUGAAGAGGUGUACAAGGAAAUGAUUAGUAGUGGGGUCUCGUUAAAUGUGUUUAGUUAUAAUAUUUUGAUUAGAGGUUUUUGUGUGGCGGGGAAUUUGAAAAUGGGUUUGCGAUUCUUUGGUGAAAUGGAGAGAACAGGAUGUUUGCCUAAUGUGGUUACAUGUAAUACUUUGCUUGAUGCCUAUUGUAAGUCGAAAAGAAUGGAUGAUGCGUUUGGGUUGUUGAGGUCAAUGGCACUGAAGGGUCUAGAGCCAAAUGUGAUUACAUAUAAUGUGGUAGUUAACGGGUUAUGUAGAGAAGGAAGGAUGAGGGAGACUAGUGAGGUUCUUGCAGAGAUGAGUAGAAAGGGAUAUGCACCUAAUGAGGUGACUUAUAAUACGCUUGUCAAUGGGUAUUGUAAGGUGGGUGAUUUUCAUCAAGCACUUGUUUUGCAUGCGGAGAUGGUGAAAAAUGGGUUGUCUCCAAAUGUUGUGACAUAUACUACAUUGAUUAAUAGCAUGUGUGAGGCUGGUAAUAUGAACCGAGCUAUUGAGUUUUUAGAUCAGAUGCGUGUUAGAGGACUUUGUCCAAAUGCGAGGACAUACACAACAUUAAUUGUUGGAUUUUCACAGAAGGGAUUUUUGAAUGAAGCUUACAGAGUUCUGGAUGAGAUGACAGUGAAUGGAUUCUCACCUUCGAUUGUUACUUACAAUGCCCUUAUUAAUGGGCACUGUGUUGUAGGAAGGAUGGAAGAGGCUAUUGGAGUCUUACAGAACAUGAGGAAGAAAGGCCUGGCUCCUGAUGUUAUAAGUUAUAGUACUAUUAUAUCUUGGUUUUGCCGAAAUCAUGAGUUGGAGAAAGCAUUUCAAUUGGAAAAAGAGAUGGUUGAGAAGGGUCUGUCACCCGAUGCCAUUACCUAUUCGUCACUUAUUCAAGGUCUAUGUGAGAAAAGGAAUCUCAGUGAAGCUAGCUAUCUUUUCGAAGAAAUUUUGAGUAAGGGUCUGAAGCCUGAUGAAGUUACUUAUACAUCCUUGAUCAAUGCUUACUGUGCAGAAGGGGAUUUAAAACAGGCUCUUUAUCUUCACAAUGAAAUGAUACAAAAGGGACUUCUUCCUGAUGUUGUUACUUACAAUGUUCUUAUUAAUGGACUUAACAAACAAGCUCGUACAAGAGAGGCAAAGAGGCUUUUGCUCAAGUUGUUCUAUGACGAAUCUGUGCCCGAUGAUAUCACAUACAACACACUGAUAGAAAACUGCAGUAGUAUUGAAUUUCAAAGCGUGGUAGCUCUCUUAAAGGGUUUCUGCAUGAAGGGCUUGAUGAAUGAAGCUGAUCGCGUUUUUGAGUCAAUGCUUCAGAAAAGGUACAAGCCUGAUGAAGCAGCUUAUAAUGUCAUUAUACACGGUCACUGUAGAGGUGGAAAUGUUCUGAAGGCGUACGAUCUCUACAAGCAGAUGGUGAAUUAUGGUUUUGCCCCUCAUGCUGUGACUGCGAUUGCUAUGGUCAAAGCACUUUUUUCGGAGGGUAUGAGUGAGGAAUUGAGUCAAGUUAUUCAGAACAUGCUGAGAAGCUCUAGUAUUACUGAUGGUGAGCUUGCAAAAGUACUUGUGGAGAUCAACCACAAAGAAGGAAACAUGGAUGCAGUUCUUAAUGUGCUUGCUGAAAUGGCUAAGGAUGGCCUGCUUCCAAACAGUGGACGCACCAGUUAUGCUGGAAAAUAAACUGGAAGAUGACCACUGGUGGUCUCUGUCGCUGUCUGCUGUCAGCGACAACUGAAAAGGUUUUUGUAUUCCGUGGAGGUGAUUGUGAACGGAGCUUAGCUCCAAGAAAUAUGACCAAUUCUUCUAGAUGUUAUGGGAUCCAUCUGAAGAGACGGUCAUUUAUUUUGUUUCCAUUCAUCUUUGAUUCUGUCAGAAAACUGCAAUGGCACUGGAUUGCUUUUUUUGUGCCUGGCUUUCCCUUGCCAGCAAAUAAACAGACAUGACGCUUGUCAACUUGUUGGGCCAUUAUUCAAAAUGUGCAGUUAUUCAGUUGUUGCAAUUGGCAUAAAGUUUAGGAGGAAGGCUAUAUUGAUACAGGAGGCAUCGCCAGCUUCACGCCUCAAUCUUUGCGAACAACUCUGAAA